UCGUCCGCAGUGCACCACGGUAUCGGAAAGAACCUGCGGUCUGCUGUUUGUCAAUGGCCGCCUUGUGUGUUGUGAUUUCCACCUGACAGACGGACAGCGUCGUAAAAGAAAGCCGCUACUCUGCAAAGUUACCCGACCACAGCAGGUACAGUGACCGGUGAUGUCUGUGCAGCCGCAUGGACCCGGUGAUCGGCGCGCUGGGCCUGGACGGCGCGGGCGCGUCGGGCCGGCAGGUGGCCGUCGUGGAGCGCGGCGGCGGCGACGCCACCUUCGUGGUGUGCAGCCUGCUGGGGCAGGCGCUCCGGGAGGGACGGGGCGCCUGUCUGCUGCUGCUGCACAGCUCGUUCGGCCACCACCACAACGUGGGCGUCAAGCUGGGCUACAACCUGCGUCAGCUGCGGGCCCAGGGACGCGUCGAGGUGCUUGAGGCGGGGAAGCUGGUGGAGGGGGGCCUGGCCCCGUCGGGGGGCGAGCCCCCGGGAGCCCAGGUAGACGCGUGGGCCCCGGGUCUGUCCGCCUCGACGGACGUCUUCUCCGGCGACAAGGAAGGGCUGGCGAGGGCGCUGUUCCUCGACGUCAGGAGCUCCGUGCAGCGGCUGGCGCGGACAGAGGGCCCCGCGCUACUGGUCGUCGACGACCUCUCGGACCUGCUGUCGCUGGGCGUGCCCGUCGCGGGCGCGCUGUCGUUCCUGCGGUACUGCCGCGCGCUGCCGUGCGGCCUGACGGCACGCGCGCACGCGGACGACGACGACGAGGAACAGCGCGUGCUGGCGGCGGCGCUGGCGCACGGCGCGGACGUGUGCGCGACCGUGGCGGGCCUGGGGACGGGGCGGAGCGCGCAGGUCUCCGGCACGCUGGCGGUGCGGCACAAGAGGUGCGCGGACGCGCCGCGCUGGAACCGGCAGAGCCUCUACCACUUCCGGCUGCAAGACAGGCAUGUCAGAUUGUUCGCGCCGGGGGAAGUGACGUAGCAGCUCGUUCGCGCACUCUCGCGGCUUUUGUCAAUGUUUCAGUAACGUUUUGUGUUUGAUAACAAAAAUACACAUUCUUUAAUGGUAUAUUAAAUGCAAACACCCUUAAAGAUUAUAUUUUCUAAUAUGUGUAAGUGUCUGAAAUAAUGUGCUGUUAAUUUUUCUGCAAUUAUGAAAUUGUACAGACAAGUGAUAAAUAUAAAAUUAUCUUUAUUAUUUUUAAAAACUUUUGCUUAGUUUUGAAAUAAUUUUGUUUUUUUAUAAUAUAGUGCACAUUAACUCAGCUCUUUAUAAAUUGAUAAUGGAAAGAAAUUGUAAAUUAAGCUAAGGAAAUUGUUUGGUACUGAAACAGCUGGUGUUCCUGAAUGUUCGCGUUGCACGGAAUAACAAUCCAAGUGCAUGUGCCACGCAAUGAGAGUGUUUGACGGCUCUCUGAAGCCUUGUGUUGUAGUUAUGUUUGUGUGACUUAUCCUUAAUUAUAUUUCUGAUGGCUUACUUGUACAAAGAAAUUUGCUGAUAAAAUAUUAAGAUUCGAUUAUAUGGUCCUAUCUUCAGAGUGCUAAAAACAUGUGUUUUUUUUUUAUUUAACAAUUUACACAUCCUUUGUAAUACCUCAUUAUUAGAGAUUUGCAAAAUUAUGUUUGUUUAGCGGGCUAAGCUGUACUACUUAAACAGGGGGAACGAGAUGGGAGAUAUCACCCACUAUCGUUGCCUCUGGAAAAAAAGGAAAGAAUUCGAAAUCAAACAGCAGGCAAAGUGGUUCUACCCCUUGUGCCCCCUUAUCGAAAUGAAAUUCUGUGUACGCUUCCGUCCACAAAUGUGAGCCGAUCUAGUCUAAACCCUGAUUUCAUUAGCUGACGCCACCACCAGCUGUUUUCUUUGAAGUUUAUUUCACGAGUAACAGGGCUACUAUCUUUGAAAGAUUUGUGCAAUGGGAGUGCAUGACUUGAUGUAAGUUUUUGGACAUACGCCAUUUGGAAAAAAACUAUUGUGUUUGUUUCGUCUUUUCGUUUUGUCGUGUUUUUGUCUCGUUUCAACUGUUGUGCUGAAUUUUUUGGGUUCCAUAUUUUUGUGUUGUCAGCAUUUGUGGGGGUUUUUUAUCGUUCUAUUCUGUUUUGGAAAACUGUUGUGUUUGUUUCGUCUUUUCGUUUUGUAGUUUUUUUGUCUCGGUUCAUCCAUUGUGCUGAAUUUUUUUGGGUUCAAUAUUUUUGUGUCAUCAUCAUUUGUGGUUUUUUUUUUCGUUCUCUUAGUACAUUUUCUUUGUUUUUCUUUGUUUGUUGACCAUAUUCCUGUUACGGAAUAUUUUGUGGUGUUUAUAUCCUAUUGACAACAGCAAUUUUUUGCUUAAAUUGUUUUUUUUUUUUGUCUUUUGGUUUUUUUUUUAUUUAUUUAUUUAUUUUUAGUUUUUAGUUUUCUUCUACAGAAAAAGUGCUUAGCAAUGGCGUAUGUCCAAAAACUUACAUCAAGUAACAGGGCUACGCGGAACUUCUUUCAUUUCUGUUAUUUUCUUCUUGAUGUCUUCUGUCGCCAGUAGAGACGGACGAGCGUGACAUUGCGGGCGGGGAACCAGGAAGGGAACUUGCCAGGGCCUGUUGAAAGGAACCUCCGAGAGUUUGCCUGGAGUUAUUUCUUCGGGGAAACAUACAUCGAGAGCUUGAAGCCCAGCCUGCCCAGACACGCACACAGCUUCAGAAAAAAACACACUGUUUAAAAACUGAUCGAGUUAUCCAAGUGGUGUCUGUUUACGAAAAGCAUUUAAGAAUUCACUGUGGGCGGAUGAGUAGUUCCGUUGUUGCAUUUUUUGUUUUUGAACUUUAUCGUUAGUGAAAAUGGCUUAAAUGCAUGUUUUCAGAAUAGUUUUUAGGCAUGAAACAUCCGGGAGGGAUUAUUGACUGCACCCAAGGAACUAGCGUUACGCCUAUAUCUUCAUUUCUCCGCCACAAAAUGUUAUGGUUACUGCUCGGAUAUCACAGGUGCCCUAUGGAUGGUGAGAAGACUGUGUUUCAGUUCAGAGCCUUGCGCUUAGACGCGACACCCAGAGCCGGCGCGUCCACACAGGCGAACCAGGCAACCACCUAGGGCGCCAAGUAGCUGGGGGCGGCGCAGCAGGACACAUAACAGCUCAUAUAACAUGCUUAACGAUUAUUGAAACUAGAUGAAAAUGGAUUUUUGUAACAGUUUGGAAUGUUUAUAUUGAUAUAAGUCAUUAUUUAAAGUCCACGGUGACCUGUUUAUGAUUUGUAAUAAGUAAAAAAGUAAAAAAAAAAA